AUGGCGGCGGCGUUUGGGGCAGCUACGGCAUCAGCGACUGAAAAUGCACUCAAGUCAUCCCCUUACUUGCCGCUCUGCCAUCGCCAUUUCCUCCGCUCGAGCUCCAAGGUUACAUUUCGCCUCUCUCACAAGCCCAAGCUCCGGCUUUACUCGAAGAGUUUGCAGUCUGGUUGGAACUGUUCUGCUGUGGUGAGAGCUCAAUUGAGCGAGGUUUCUGCGGAUGGAUCUGCAAAUGAUGCAUCCACCACUCCUGCUAAAUCAGAGGUAUCAUCUGCAGAAGCGAAGGAUGUCAAGAACUCUGAGUCUCCACCUCCCAUUUUGGCCUCAGAAGAAUCAAUAUCUCAGUUUUUUACUCGAGUUGCAAGCCUUGUUAAGUUAGUCGAUUCUAAGGAUAUUGUGGAACUUCAAUUGAAACAAGUUGACAGUGAAAUUUUAAUACGUAAAAAGGAGGCUUUACCUCCACCACCGCCUGCUCCUGUGACAAUGGUGCAUUCACAUGCUCAACCUGCUGUACUGCCUCCAGUCACCGCACCUUCUCCUUUGCCGACUCCCGCACCUUCUGCUGCACCAACCCCAGCACCUUCUCCUAAAGCUCAAGCAUCCGAGUCAUCUCUUCCACCACUUAAAUGCCCCAUGGCGGGGACAUUCUACCGAAGUCCAGGACCUGGUGAACCACCAUUUGUGAAGGUUGGAGACAAAGUACAGAAGGGGCAGGUUCUCUGCAUCAUUGAGGCAAUGAAGUUGAUGAAUGAAAUAGAAGCUGAUCAGUCAGGAACAGUAGUUGAGAUCCUUGCAGAAGAUGGCAAGUCCGUCAGUGUUGACACUCCUCUCUUUGUCAUCAAACCAUAG